AUGCGCUCAAUUAAUUCAGCCUUACUGGCCGCCAUUCCAGUAGCUCUCGCAAGUCAGACCGGGUUCAGUGUGCACGACGAUCUACUUGCAUUCCCCCAGUAUGAAGUUAUCUUCUCAGACUCCUUUAUUUCCGAGACGACAGCAGAUCUUGUACUCGACCAAGCUUCCUCGUCAAUAGACACCCCUCCCACAACCUCAAAUACGAAAAGUAUCGAGUCCCACGACCAUGCCUACAGCAAAUCCCACGCAUCUACGGGCGAUCCGGCCUUCGACCCUGCGCGCGAAAGCUACGAGACCAUGUAUUUGAAUGGCGAGCAACUUCUUUGUACAAUUCCCAUCGUUCAUAUACCCCCGAAGAAUGAGACAUCGGAGGCCGAGGCCCGCGUUGCUGAAAAGAAAGAGCUCGCGCGGGCCACCAACCGUGGUGGGGAAUUGCUCCAAGAUCUCGAAGGCAAUUGUCUGUAUUAUGUCUCCGGGUGGUGGUCGUAUGCUUUCUGCUACAAUUCUGAGAUCACCCAAUUCCAUCAACUCCCCCCCAAACCCGGCAAACCUGCGCUGCCACCGCAACGGGAUAUGUCUACGAAACAGUUCGUGCUUGGAAGGGCGAAAGGGAGUCAAAGCAAGGAGGAUGAAUGGGGGAAUGAGAUAGCGCCAAGGAAAGGUCAGAAAACUGCGCCGCCCAAAACGGAACUGCAAAUCAAUGGCGAUUCGAGAUACUUGGUGCAAAAGAUGGAAGGCGGAACGAUAUGUGAUCUGACCGGUAAACCACGGAGAGUAGAGGUCCAAUACCACUGCAAUCUACAUGUCUCAGACCGCAUUGGGUAUAUCAAGGAGGUUACAACCUGCUCCUAUCUCAUGGUAGUUUACACACCACGACUGUGUAACGACGUCGCGUUCAUGCCACCGAAAGAUAAUAAAGCCUACCCAAUCGUCUGCCGAACCGUCGUUCCGGAAGACGAACUUGAGUAUCGGGUCCAGCUAAAGAAACUGGAGGAUGGGCUCGAAGCCAGCCAAAAACCUGAAGACAAGAAGGUCAACGUUGGAGGCGUUAUUGUUGGGGGAGGGCAGUGGAUGAAUAAAGAGGGACAGCGUAUGCCUAUCCCCGCUGGCUUCGGAACUGAAAAUUUCGGCAAGCAGAUAGAGGUUAUUGCGAAAGCGAAGAGCAAAGCCGAAGGGGGCCAGGUGGAGAUGGCAAGCGAUGCUGAACUGGCAAAGAUGGACCUCGAUCCUAGCAUGGUAGAGAAGCUAAAGAAGGAGGUCCAGAAUUUGGCGAAAGACAAGGGGUGGGAAAUUAAGGUUGUUGACCAGCCUGGGGAGACAAGAGAAAUCCUAGGCAUUGUUGGCACUGACGAUGAGAACGAGGAUGAGACUGGGGAUGUUGGAGGCGAUGUUGGAGGCGAUGGUGAAAGGGAUGGUGGAGGGGAUGGUGGAGGGGACAACACACCGGACUCUAAAGAGGGCAGUCAAGAAACUUUUAAGGAUGAAUUAUAG